AUGACGAGUGUAAAACAUACUGCGGAUGCAGCAGAGUCUAUUACCCCCAAUGUCCCCACUGCCCUUAAGUCAGAACUAUCAAAUGUCGGCUUCACUCCGCAUGAGGACUUCGAUAUCUCUAUUAUCUGGCACAACUUAGACUCUCGGAGCGACUUUCUUACGUUUCGCAAGGAGUCGCAGGGACCAAUUGAGCGCAUUCUAAUCGAUUUCGCAAGAGUACUAGAGAGUGGGAUGUUUACAGUGUAUAGUGUAAAUGCGAGUAAGCAUUUAUUCUGUGUGACAGUAGCUUGUGAAAAGAACAAAGAUGAGGGAGUUAUGGACUUGGUGUUGAGUGUGCUGUAA